AUGGCUUCAGUCGAAUCCCAGGAGCAGCCGUCGGCCAUGGCUAGCACUUCGGAGCCGAACCGCAACCCCAAGUACGAUCCGAAGAAGCCACACAUCACCGAUAUGCCCAUCACCAAGUCCAACUGGUACCUGCACGUCAACUGGCUCAACGUGACCCUGAUCAUUCUUCUUCCCCUGGCCGGUCUCGUCAUGGCCUGCUACACGCCUCUGCAAUGGAAGACCGCCGUCUGGGCCGUUGUCUACUACUUCUGGACCGGUCUCGGCAUCACUGCGGGCUAUCACCGUCUCUGGGCACACAAGUCCUACUCCGCCCGCCUUCCCUUGAGCAUUUUCCUCGCCGCUGUAGGAGGCGGUGCUGUUGAGGGCUCCAUCCGCUGGUGGAGCCGCGACCACCGCGCUCACCACCGCUACACCGAUACCACCAAAGAUCCCUACAGCGUCCGCAAGGGCCUGCUCUACAGCCACAUUGGAUGGAUGGUCAUGAAGCAGAACCCCAAGCGUAUCGGCCGGACCGACAUUACCGAUCUGAACGAGGAUCCCGUUGUCGUGUGGCAGCACAAGAACUACCUCAAGGUCGUCAUCUUCAUGGGCAUCGUCUUCCCCACGCUCGUGGCCGGUCUGUUCUGGGGUGACUGGUGGGGUGGCGCCAUCUAUGCCGGCAUCCUUCGCAUCUUCUUCGUCCAGCAGGCAACCUUCUGCGUCAACUCGCUUGCCCACUGGCUCGGAGAGCAGCCCUUUGACGACCGCAACAGCCCCAGGGAUCACGUCAUCACGGCUCUCGUCACCCUGGGAGAGGGCUACCACAACUUCCACCACGAGUUCCCGUCCGACUACCGCAACGCCAUUGAGUGGCACCAGUACGAUCCCACCAAGUGGUGCAUCUGGCUCUGGAGCAAGCUCGGCCUCGCCUACGAUCUCAAGCAGUUCCGUUCCAACGAGAUCGAGAAGGGCCGUGUUCAGCAGCUCCAGAAGAAGCUCGAUCAGAAGCGCGCCAAGCUCGACUGGGGCACUCCCCUCGACCAGCUCCCCGUCGUUGAGUGGGAUGACUAUGUCGAGCAGGUCAAGAAUGGUCGUGGUCUGGUCGCUGUGGCUGGUGUCAUUCACGACGUUACCGACUUCAUCAAUGAGCACCCAGGUGGCAAGGCUCUGAUCAAGAGUGGCCUUGGCAAGGAUGCCACCGCCAUGUUCAACGGCGGCGUCUAUCUCCACUCCAACGCUGCUCACAACCUUCUGUCGACGAUGAGGGUUGGUGUUAUCCGUGGCGGUUGCGAAGUGGAGAUUUGGAAGCGCGCCCAGCGGGAGAACAAGGAUGUGCAGCAUGUCAAGGACGACGCCGGCAACCCUAUCAUCCGGGCUGGAAACCAGAUUACCAAGGUUCAGCAGCCCCCUUCCAGCGCGAGCGCUGCAUAA